UGUGUUCAUUUGAAUGAAAAGAUAUUCAAAUGUUAUGAAGAAAAUUGUGGCAAAAACUAUGUUUCAAAAUCACAAUUAAAUGAACACAUACGCCUACAUUCGGGAGAAAAACCAUUUAUUUGUGAUUUCAAUGAAUGUCACAAAAGUUUUAAUUGUAAAUCCAAUUUAAUUCGACACAAAAGUUGUGUUCAUUUAAAUAACGACAGAUUUAAAUGUAAUGAAGAAAAUUGUGGCAAAGGUUUUGGACAGAAAUCAGAUCUAAUUAAACACAAACGCAUUCAUUCGGGAGAAAAACCAUUUGUUUGUCAAUUCAAUGGUUGUAACAAGAAAUUCGCGCAAAAACAAAAUUUUAAUGUUCACAUGAAAAGACAUAAUAAAAUAACAAGCUAUAAAUGUAUUCAUAAUAACUGUAAUCACUGUUUUGUUACGGCAAAUGAUAUGAGGGUAUUACCAAUUGAACCGAUACUUACGGAUCAACACAUUCAGGGGCUGAUGAGAGACACGCAUUUCGGCCACAUAUGCGCCGCACCGGACAUACCUUCUGCGUUGGCACCACUGGUGGCCACUGUGGCCAGCAUUGAGUCAAACAAUCCGGACGCUUGUUGGCAAUCCUGGUGCCGAGACUUAACCCACCUUUUGCUG